AUGGCCAUCGAUGACAAGUACAGCCGGCGGGAGGAGUACCGAGGCUUCACCCAGGACUUCAAGGAGAAGGAUGGCUACAAACCCGAUGUUAAAAUUGAGUACGUGGAUGAGACAGGCCGGAAACUCACACCCAAGGAGGCCUUCCGGCAGCUGUCCCACCGUUUCCACGGCAAGGGCUCAGGCAAGAUGAAGACAGAGCGGCGGAUGAAGAAGCUGGACGAGGAGGCGCUCCUGAAGAAGUUGAGCUCCAGUGACACGCCCUUGGGCACCGUGGCUUUGCUCCAGGAGAAGCAGAAGGCCCAGAAGACCCCCUACAUUGUGCUCAGCGGCAGCGGCAAGAGCAUGAAUGCGAACACCAUCACAAAGUGACGGCGUCUUCCACCCCCCACCCCACCUCAACCUUGGUAUUAAAUAAAGCUCCCUCCUUAUUUUUUCAAAAAAAAAAAAGGGGGAGGCUGAGGCAGGAGAAUCGCUUGAACCCAGGUGGCAGAGGUUGCAGUGAGCCGAGAUCAUGCCACUACACUCCAAAUUGAGCAACAGAGCAAGACUGUGUCUCAAAAAAAAAAUUAGCCCAGCGUGCCCAGCAUGGUGGUGUACGCCUGCAAUCCCAGCAACUCGGGAGGCUGAGGUGGGAGGAUCGCUUGAGCCUGGAAUGCGGAGGUUGCAAUGAGCUGAAAUUGUGCCACUGAACUCCAGCUUGAGCAACAAAGCAGUGUCCUGUCUCAAAAAAAAAAAAAAAAAAAAAAGCUUAGUUUCAACUAAUCCUUUGAUCAGAGACCACCAAAAAAGGAAAAAAAGAAGUCUGGUGGUUUGUAUGGAAAAUGUCCUAUGACCCAGAGAAUGUCCAUAUGAUAACAGAAUUUGGCACCAAAAAAAAUUGGACAGGUACAUUGGCUCAUGCCUUUAAUCCCAGCACUUUGGGAGGCCAAGGCGGUAGGAUCACAAGUUCAGGAGAUUGAAACCAUCCUGGCCAACAUGGUAAAACCCCAUCUCUACUAAAAAUAAAAAAAUUAGCUGGGUGUGGUGGCGUGUGCCUAUAAUACCAGCUACUCAAGAGGCUGAGGCACGAGGAUCACUUGAACCCAGGAGGCGGAGGUUGCAGUGAGCUGAGAUGGUGCCACUGCACUCCAUCCUGGUGACAGAGCGAGACUCUGUCUCAAAAAAUAAAAAUAAUAAAAAAUU